UUUGUCUGUAGUGCCCUGUGGUGUUGUAGGGCUUUCGUCUGUAGUGCCCUGUGGUGUGUUGUAGGGCUUUUGUCUGUAGUGCCCUGUGGUUGUUGUAGUGUUUUUGUCUGUAGUACCUUGUGGUAUGUGUUGUUGGGUUUUGUCUGUAGUGCCUUGUGAUAGUUGGGGGUGGCGCAGCCUGUUCUUCUGGCCGUCUGUGAGUGUGGUGCUGGGUGCGGUGUUCAUCAAGAAGUACUGCGCCGACCCGUUGCACUACAACGUGCAUGCGUUACACCUGCCCACUGUGGCUAACAGCACAUCCUCCGCAGUGAUGCGUCGGUUGACUACCCUGCAGGUGUUCCAGGUGGCGGGUGUCGUGCAGUUGUCCAUGGCGCUGUUCUUUGCUAAGAUGGCACGGUAUGGCCUGAUGCUGUGGCUGCCCUACUACUCGGUGACUGUGCUGAAGUUCACCCCAGCCCUGGGCGCCAACCUGUCGCUGGCCUUUGAGUUGGGGGGGGCCUUUGGGUCGCCCUUUGCCGUGGUGGUGUGUGAUCGCUAUCUCAAGAGUCGCCUGGUGACUGGCGUGGUGCUGUACCAGGUACUGGCGGCUGUGUCGCUUGUGGGGUUUCUGUUUGCCGGCAGUGACGAGGUGCCGUUGUUGUUUGUGCUGACUACGGCGUCCGGCGUAGCCCUCAACAGCACUGAUCUGCUGAUCAGUGGGCCUAUAGCUGCACACAUCGGCCGAGCCAACGGCGGCAUAGAGGCGUCUGUCGGGGGGGUGGUGAAUGGCAUGGGCAGUUGUGGGGCCAUCUUCCAGGGGCUGUUGAUUGGCUGGGUGUCUGUGAGCUUUGGAUGGGAUGCCGUGCUUAAGGGUGCGGCGGGGGUGUCGGCCUUAGCAGGAUUAAUUGCGGUAUCGGCCGCGCGUAUAGAACAGUUGCACUCUCUCUGAUAGAGCGCACUUACACCUCGUUGUAGGUUAUAGUUCAGGAAGGUACGGGUUUUCUGGUUGGCUGAUUGUGCUGUAGCCAUUAGGAAGACUUGCGAACAAACAAUAUAUGCAGAUGCGGAUAUAGCUCAGUUGGGCAAAUGGUGCGUAGUUCAGGUACAGGAAAAACAGGGCCUUAUGGCAUAUGUGAGAAACUGGCACCUAUACACCAUCACAGUGUGGCACCACAACAGGAAACACAUUGCGGUAAUUCUGACGAUGCAUCACCCGAUAAUAGUCAACUGGAGCAUACCCCCAAUGGCUGUGUGAUAUCGCUACCCACUGCAGUGCACGCGUGCAUGUGAAGGAUAUGCCAGCACGUAGAAGGUCAAUAGCUGAACGUAGAAAUUUAAUAGCAACCAGUGAACCAAGAACUUAAUAGCAACCAGUGAGCUAUAUCUGAUACUGGGCUGGGUCGUUGGCCUCUCAGGUAGGCGAUAAGUGAUAGACAAAGGACAAAUGUCCCAAUGGCACAACUAUCGCAUUGCCCAUCAGCACACAUCGAUGUUUACCAAAAACCCUAAACCCUAAAAUGGAUCUCGCUGGGAACUCGUGGAGACGCAGAGUUUGUACUGAAGUGGAUCAGAGGCGCCCAGUUGGAUUGUAUCGCAAACUGUGUGCACUAACGUGUAGGUAUCGCAGAUAGAAGUACUGCCGCGGUUGGUUUAACGCAAGUGGUCUGUAUGGGCGAGAGGUGUCCCCACUGACGCACAGCAAUAGCCAACGCAAGCCACACAACAGACACUCAAGGCAAAGUACACAACAGACUCAAC